GUAAUCAAUUGCAAGCCCACCAGCCAAGACCGCAAAGACAGCGCCAGUCGCAGAAAGAGCUAAACGCUCAAAAUAAAAGUAUCCAACGCAAAAAAACAACUGCUUCUGCAAAAUAAAAAAAAACACACACACACAACAAAUAAAUAACAACAAGAAAACAAAACAAAACCAAAACCUAAACCCGAAUUAAAAGCGUGUACGUAUUCGUCGUCGUUGCCAACCGUCGUCGUCGCCUUAAACAAAUUUACUUAGCCAACGUAGCAACAAAUACCAAAAGCAUCAAAUAUGAGGAAGCUAAGCACACAUCAAAUUGCAGCAUUGGUCUUCUGCAGCGCCGUUUGCCUGAUAAACGCGUCUCCCCUGCCACAGCCCGCUGGCAAUCAAGAAUUAGAUAUGUUGCAAAUACCACUGGCAAAUGGAAAGGAAAUCGAUGUUCUAACAAUUGGGACCAAAGAUCAAGAACAAUUGAUAGCCGAUCGCAAUAAAAGAACCAUUGGGCUGCUGCGUGAACUCUUUCCCGACAUAACCAAGCAAAUUGAUGAGCAAGCGAAUCGCAUCAUCUCCAAACUGUUGCGCACCUUGGGCCCAACAGUGUUGCGCACUGCCAUUCAGGGCAACCCCGCCAAUUCAGCUCGCGAAUCCUUCGAUGCCGACUUCGAUGAUGACGAUGAGGGCACGAAGAGCAGCGACUCAAAUGCCGCUGGCAGCGGAUCGUCUAGCGAUAGUGGCACUCGUGUCACCAUUGAAUUGCCCACCUUUGAGCCCACAGAUGAUGACAAUGAGAUUGACUCGGAACCGAAAAGUAGCGACAGCAGCACCACGACAACUGAGGCGAGUCGUCGUAAAUAAACCACAACAGCAACAGUAACAACAACAACAACUACAACGACUUCUUUCUCCUACAACGACAACCAGAAAAUGUGCGUGUAAUUUGCUGCAAAAACCAUCGCAAAGCAAUUGGCAAACAACAAAAUUCAAUUUUUCUUUAAUGAUUUCACAUUUUUGUUCCGUGUUUUUCAAAGCAGCUACAAGAAUUGGCCUAACUACAAAAAGCAAAAAGCAAAAAGCAAUUCCAAAUCGAAACAACGUGAACCACAUCCAUAGCGACAAAUUCUUCAAAACACACACAUACAAAACAAAUUUACAUUUUUUACUUUUAAUACUGGUAUUGUUUGGAAUGCUAUUAGUACUAUAUAUAUAUUGUUAUAAACUUUGUAAGAUACUGGGCUUCGAUACAUUUUUUAAGCUACAAAUAAUGCACAGUCAUUUCUUUUUUGUGACAUUUCCAAAAUUUUUGUGACAAAAUUUUCGUACAAUGUCUUUGCCAUCUUUUGCUUGUCUUCUUCCAUCGCUGUUCAAACUCUAUAUGUCUUCUCUCUGUCUCUCUCUAUGUCUCUCUCCCUUUUACUCUCUCUCUCUUUCUGUCUUUGUCUUUCUUUAUUCAUGAAUGCGUUUUUUUUUGUAACACAAAUUGUUUUCUCCAAAAUUUAUUUGAAUUCUAAAAUAUGAUGAUUUUUGUAUUAGUUCUAUAAGUUGUUUUUAUAAUAAUUAAAUAUACCAAAAUACUUAUAACAUUAAAUGAAUCGAGUUUUGUGCAUUCCAAUGCAUCAUCUACAUACUUUAUAGAAAUUCAUUCAUACUAUAUCAGAGUAGAGAUUCAACUACAACUGCGCAAGUGCUUGGAGUGUGUUCUUUUUUUAGUGUUAUCACAACACUCAGCAUUCCGAGUGUUUACUCAUAGUUUGCAUAACACUCUCUCAUCUAUCUAUUAUAUUAUACGAUAUUUCUUGAUGAUGGAAUCUCCAUCUCCAUAUAUAUAUAUAUACAAUACAUUUGCAUUUCAUACGUACGUCUUGCACAACUUAUACAACAAAACACUGCCAUCCACCCACAUUUCUCGUUUUCGAUGACAGCUUCGAAUAUAGUUUUUAAUGGCUUCAAUCACUCGCUUGUGCUCUUUCUUUCUGCCUUCUUCCACCGAAGAAGAAGCCUCAAAAACACAAACAAAACAUUUCCGACUCAUUUUCUUCAUUAUAUAAAAGAGUAAAAACCCAAAAUACUUCUCCUCUAUUAUAUAAAGAACAACUAAAUCACAUUUAUUUUGUCCGUUGAGAUUUAUCCAAAAAAAAAAAUAGAAAUGGUGUUUGCACAAAUGCAUUCGUUUUAAUGUAACUUUUAAUUUGCAAUUAUUUUUCAUGUAUGUACGCUUUGUAAUGAAUAAAUAUAAUUUGCAUACCCCAAACCGAAUGUUUACUUAUAAGUAAUUUGAUAUUGUCUGGCAAUAAUGAAUUUCUUCAUUGAAUAUUCAAAUGUUGUUUCAGUACCAUCGACGCAUCCGGGAAAUUUGCUUAGGCUUUUAGAGCUCAGUUUAAAAUCGGGAAUUUUUGUAUUUUUUUCUUU